AUGCACACCGAUUUUAAUCAAAUAAAAAUACUUGAUAAUAAUGUAUCAUCAUCGGAAAAUGAAUCAUUAGAAAGUUCAUCGAUUACUCAACAACAGCAACAAUCACAAGAAAUUGUUGUUGCAAAAAAUUCGACAUUAAUUACUGAUGGCCAAUAUGAUCUGGAAUCGAUAGCAAACGAUCUAUAUGAUAAUAUUCUUGAACAAAUAUGUUUGGGUGUUUAUUUUGAUUUUUAUAAAUCACAUAAAUUAAAUUCUAUACGAAUUAGAGAAUAUUCGAAUCCAAAUGAUGAUAUCGAUUCCAAAGUUUAUGAAAAUACUAAAUUGGAUAUAUUUGGUCAUUCAGUGAAUGGAAUCAAAAAACUUGAAUGUGUUUGUCCAAAUUGCUCAAGAACAUGUGCCGCAUUUCGUUUGGCACCACAUCUAGAAAAAUGUCUUGGUAUGGGAAGAAAUAGUUCACGAUUAGCAUCAAAACGUAUUGCAUUGGUUAUUAAAAAUUCUAAUGGUGCUAAUAGUGAAUAAAUUUUCUACAGAAAAAUAAAACAAUAUCAUUAGUUGAAUCAAA